GCAAAGGUGCCAGGGUCAAAGCAGAGAAGCUCCACGGAGAAGGAGUUCCCAGGGCACCAGAGCUACAAUAUCUCCUAAAUGACUAUUGAAGGAAGAGGAAGUCUACAGGAGGAGAGUUUAGCAGACACUACCUUCUACAGACUCAUUUACGUCCCUCCUUCCCCACAACUCAAGGCUGAGGUCCUAAGCCCCAGCACUUGAAGGCACUAUUUUUAGAGGCAGCAACUGUAAAAUAGUUCUGGGGGUAAAAUGCAGUCUUGUAAAGUCUCACUGUAUGAGCUCAAGUCCUGCAGGCAUGUACAGCAUGCAGCUCGCAUCCUGCGUUGCGCCGAAGCUAGUACUCCUUGUCAACAGUACACUCCCUUCAAGCCCUACCAAGGAGACACAGCAGUACCUGGAGCAGUUGUCGCUGGACUUACAGCAGCUUCUGAGAGGGGUCAAUAAUUACAAGAACCCGAAACUCCCCAUGCUGCUCACGUUUAAAUUUUACAUGCCGAGGAAGGCCACAGAGCUGAAGCAUCUUCAGUGCUUGAAAGAAGAACUUGGACCUCUGUAUGAUGUGCUAAAUUUGGUUCAAAGCAAAAACCUUUACUUGGAAGAUGCUGGGAAUUUCAUCAGCAAUAUCAGAGUAACUGUCAUGAAACUAAAGAGCUCAGAAAACACACUCAAGUGCAAAUUUGAUGAUGAGACAGUGACUGUGGUGGAAUUCCUGAGCAGAUGGAUAGCCUUCUGUCAAAGUGCCAUCUCAACAAUGACUCAAUAAACGCAUGUCUCCUGCUUACAACACACAAGGCUUUCUAUUUAUUUAAAUAUUUCAUGUUAUAUUUA